GAAAGAAAGUCACUCGAGCGUUGUGUUUUAUAAGUACUGGUCCCUGCUUCACUUCCAAAUCUCCUUCCUAUCUCUCUUGCUCUGCUUCUAAAAGAGGCCAUGGGAAGAGCUCCUUGCUGUGACAAAGCCAAUGUUAAGAGAGGCCCUUGGUCACCCGAAGAAGACGCUACUCUCAGGACUUAUGUCCAAACUCAUGGCACUGGUGGUAAUUGGAUUGCAUUGCCCCGUAAAGCAGGCCUUCGGAGGUGUGGCAAGAGCUGCCGUCUGCGGUGGCUCAAUUAUCUCAGGCCAGACAUCAAACAUGGAGGCUUUACUGAAGAAGAAGACAACAUCAUUUGUACCCUUUACGGGCAAAUGGGAAGCAGAUGGUCUGCCAUAGCCUCUCAGCUUCCUGGCAGAACAGACAAUGACGUGAAAAACUACUGGAACACCAAGUUAAAGAAGAAGCUAAUGGCAGGAAAAGUGAACCUCAAAACAGUGACCGACACUCACACUACUACUCUUCCUCCCACCCCAUUACUACUGACUCAUAAUGUUCAAAUCCAAAACCAAAAUUGCGAUUUUCCUACUGCUUCGCAAAACCUCACUUCAUCAUCUUCCUCAACUCUGCCUAUCCUGACGGACGCUAAUUCUGGGUUUCACAUUAACACUUAUCACGGCAUGAUCACUUUUGACCCAACUCAGUUAUACAGUCCAGGGUUCACAGAUGUCUCAGAAAUCAACGCAAGCUCAAGCAUGAUGUCCUUGUCUCAGGAAGGUUCAAGCAUUUCGGAUUCAUCUUUAAUUGCAACAACGGAGAACAAAUGUCUAUCGCUGCCGGAUCAUGCUGGCGGCGGCGACGAAGCAACCCAAUUGCUAAUGAACUUGGGGUUUGGAUUUCCCUCUGACUUCGUCAAUAGUGGCUUUUACACCUCCCAAGAGAAAGUUGGUGAAUUCGCUUCAAGUUUCUAUCCUCACGAGUUGGUUGAUUUUGGCUAUGCUGACAUGAAGCCGCUGGGACGAAAUUGAAGGGUGUUAUUGAUUAAUUAGCAUUAACCACAGUUUCAAAAAGGAGGAUUAAUUAACACCCGACUCAGAAGGGGGGGAGAGAGGAGAAGCUGACAUCUUUACAAUUACUUAGUUCCUGUGUGUGAUUUAUAAUUUACUAGCAGUUCUCGUGUGUUCAUAGACAUGGACAUAUAAUGUAGCUAGGCAGGUCAAAGUUUGAUUGGAACAUAUAAGAAAGAUCAAAGAUUAUUUAGUAAACACUUUGCCUCUCUCUGUGUUAAGGUUCAUGCAUGUUUUGGACAAUGUCAAUGUGGGGUCCACUAGACGAGGUUAAUUACUCUUUGUUUUUUGGGUUCGAAAGAGU